GAGACGAUGCAGGGCGUGUCAGGAAGAUACAGCCUGGAGGUGAAGGGCACUGCAUGUGUGUCAGUGCAGAUUUCUGUUCACUACAACAUCCCGAGUCCCACUGAUGUCACUACUCUCAGCGUGGAGGUCAAAUCAGAGGUUGAUGCAACAAGUGAAUCCAGACGCAAGCUCACUCUGACAAUAAAAUCCCUGUACAGUGGAAAGGAGAAUACUACCAACAUGGUGAUCCUGGAUAUCAAAAUGCUCUCUGGAUUUGUCCCAAAUGCAGUGUCUUUAAAGAUGCUCGAAGGUGCACCAUUGGUGGAUCGUGUUGAACAAACAGAAGAUCAUGUUCUGGUGUAUUUACAGGAGUUGCCAAAGGACAUGCCCAUGAACUACAGCUUGACAGUCAUAGAAGAACUUCGAGUGGAGAACCUGAAACCAGCCAUGAUCAAAAUCUAUGACUACUACCAGCCAAGUGACCAGGCUGAGACUGAAUACAUUUACCCAUCAGCUGCAGCUUAAAGAUGUGCAGUCAGUCCUGAGGUUGUCACUCAAG